CCAUGUGCUGCCUGUUGGGUUACUUGACAGCAGAUUUUGUUUACAAGCUUGAUGAGAAGCGCAGCUGAGAAUGUCUUUUUCCAGCUACUGUAGGCUUAAGCAUCUUAUGUCUGGCACUUCUGGUAUUCCAUUAGAUCUCUUUUAGUGCAUUUAAUAUGUGCCUGAGGCAAGCAUCACUUUACAUUAGGUUAUGGCCGUUAAAUUUAAGCAUCGAACUUUGGUGCAUAGCUUAUUUGUGCCAUGGACAUAAAUGAGACCCCAUAUUGUUCAGCUUAUUGAGGAUAGGUUUGAUAAUACUUCCCUAAAGACUUAUUGAUGAUUUCUACCUGGUGGAUGAUAAUGAGCAAUAAUAAAGAAGAAAUACCAUAGCAUUAAAUUGGAGGAGGGUUUUGAGAUCAAGUCGUAUAGAGACACAGGAGUGCCUCUUAGGCCAGUAAAUAACCACUCAGAACACCCACUUUGCUUCAGGACUCAAGUUUUUACAUUUGAGUUUUACUGUGCAAAAGUUAUCAGAAACAUGUCAGAUUUGCAUUUGUACAUUUUAUGCAUUUGGUGCGUUUUAUGCAAAGUGAAGUACACUGCAUUCAAGGUACAUUUUAGCAAUUCGUUUUCAUUUUUGGCUGAAUCGUUCCCUACCACUUGGGCUUUCUUUUUUUCAGAAUAUUGGAUUUUAGAUUUAUAAAUUAAACCUAGUGAGCAAAUAUUUGGCUUUUUCACUGAUCUCUAUUAUAGAUCAGUGGGCAUUUCCUACUUUGAACCAAUGCGUUUAAGUGACAUCACUCACUACAUUCUGACACCUGACUAAUCAUUAAAAGAGGUGACUUGGGAGGAGUUAUGAGCGAGUCUAAAGUUUACUUUCUGUUUCAGAUCUUUUUAACAGUGUGUAUGUAUAUAUCCAUGGCAAAAGGAGGUUUUUGUCUUUUUAUUAUCAUGCUGUAAGGUUUCUCACACUGGGAAUCAUGGAGGAGAGCUUCCCGUUUCAUUACACUUUAUUGGAAUACCUGUUUACUUUGGUGGGACUGUUAUUGUUCCUGCUGGAUAUAGCGCUGGACAUUUGGACUGUUGUGUCAUUUUAUCAGGAUGGGGCCUAUGUGUAUAUGGCAGUGAUGAUCUUUCUGCUGCUGGGCUCUUCAGUGUUGUUACAGGUGUUCAGCUGGAUCUGGUACUCUGAUUCCCUGGAGAAGAUUGAGACUAAGGUGGAGACAUUUGCAAAGAGGCAUUUAUUGAUCAAACCAUUCCACUUCCUGCAGCUCGGAGUCUACCUCAGGUAUGCUGGGGUGAUAGAGAUUUCCACAACACAUUUUCUUCGGCACACUAACAGUUUCACAGAGGGUGUAGCUGUGUACCUGAACCAUGAUCUUCAGAUGCUUCGUCUAUUUGAGACAUUUUCUGAAAGCGCCCCACAACUCACACUCAUGAUGUCUAUAAUCCUACAGAGAGGAGAGCUGGAGCUUACUACAGGUUUAAAAAUCCUCACAUCAGCUGCUGCAAUUGCCAGUAGCGUUGCUAUGUACCAUCGUUGCAUGCGUGCCUUUCUUCCUGAAAAACACAAGAUGAGCCUGAUCUCCACUGGUGUCUACUUCCUGUGGAACUUGUUGGUGAUUAUUCCCCGUGUAACUGCUCUGGCACUCUUCUGCAGUGUAUUGCCAUGCUACAUCAUAACUCACUUCCUGUCCUUGUGGAUGCUGCUGGUUUUAGUCGCCUGGAGCCAGAAAACAGAUUACAUGGAACAUCGUGGUUGGGAAUGGCUCUACAGAGCUGCUGUUGGACUCAUCUGGUACUUCUGCUGGUUUAACAUAUCAACAGGAAACAUCAAAUCAAAGACGAUUCUCUAUUAUAGUUUCAUGGCUUUGGACACAGUGAUGCUGCUGGGCUUCUGGUGCUGGAAGGUGUUUGAGUAUGCAGGCUGCUGGAGCUCCUUAAAUCCUUAUAAAGUGAUCCCGACACUACUAGGCUUGUAUGUCAUUGGAAUACUAGUGAAAACUAUAUAUUACAGAUGGUUUCAUCCCAACGGCGAUAGAGAGAAAAUCACUGAACCCACUGAAGAAGGGCAGUUAAGACUAGCGGCAGCAUGUUAUGACAUGGAGAUAGACUUGAAGCAAAGGGCUUCACUUCACGCUGCAGCUGCAGCUCCUGCUCAACCUUUCACUGGAGUUCCCAAUAGACAUAGGAAAAUGGCUGCUAAUUUCUACUCUUAGUUCUUGGAUCUACUUUAAAAAGACUCUUCCCCUAUCCCCACUAAUUUCAUCAUAAUUUAUUAAAAUUCAUGUUUUAUUUAUAAAAUGUAUUUAUAAUCUAUUUUUCUACACCGAAUAACUCCUUUUUGUACAAAAUUG